CUGAGACAGUCGAAGCCCAUUGGAGUCACCUGUUAAAUAAAGUUGCUACCUUUUUCCUGUCAGAUGGAGAAGCAGAUUGGGACAAUGCGUGUACUGGUGACAGGGGGCAGUGGCCUGGUGGGGAAAGCCAUACAGCAUGUGGUGAAGGAGGAAGGAGGUGCGAGGGAAGGAGAAGAAUGGAUCUUCCUUUCAUCUAAAGAUGCUGACCUAACAAACGCAGCUGAGACGAGGGCAAUCUUUGAGAAACAUCGUCCAACACGCGUUGUUCAUGUUGCGGCAAUGGUGGGAGGCCUCUUCCGACACUUGAGACAGAACUUGGAUUUCUGGAGGAAUAAUGUGUGUAUCAAUGACAACGUGCUGCAAACAGCACAUGAGUUUGGUGUGGUGAAAGUGGUCUCCUGUCUGUCUACCUGCAUCUUCCCAGACAAGACCACCUAUCCUAUUGAUGAGACUAUGAUCCAUAAUGGUCCCCCUCAUGAGUCUAACUCUGGAUAUGCGUAUGCCAAACGAAUGGUUGAUGUCCACAACAGUGCCUGUUGGACGCAGUAUGGACGGAGAUACACAGCUGUUAUCCCCACAAAUAUCUUUGGUCCCCAUGAUAACUUUAACAUAGAGGAUGCUCAUGUUCUACCAGCACUGGUUCACAAGACCUACAAGGCAAAGAGAGAUGGCACAGCUCUGGAGGUUUGGGGUUCUGGACAUGCACUGCGGGAAUUCAUCUACUCUCUAGACCUGGCUCGUCUCUAUCUGUGGGUCUUGAGAGAAUAUGAUGAGGUGGAGCCUAUAAUAUUAUCAGUUGGACAGGAGGAGGAGAUAACAAUUAAGGAUGUUGUUGAUGCCAUAGUUGAAGCCUUUGGAUUCACAGGACCUGUGAUUAAUCGCACCGGUUUAUUCUCCCACGGGCGGUUCGACACCAGCCUGUCUCAUCUGUUCCGGACCGUCGGAGCAAAACCUCGUAUCUCCACAAUGGCGACGUCUUUACAGGAGGAGGAAAACCGUGUAAGUCAGUGGAACCAGACGGCUUUCCAAGCAGCUCGAGGCCGCUUCUUCUGGUCCAUUCGUUAUGAAACGGAGCAGAGAGCUGCAGCAUGUCCAGUGUCCUACUGUAUCUGUGAAGACCUCAUUAUGGAGCCUCAUCAGCAUCUUCAGCCCUUCACCAGUGGUGAAGGAACCUAUGACUCAAACUGGAAGAGAUUCAGAGGAAAACCCCCAGAGCCCAGCUGUGUGUCUUUGAAGAGCAACAACUCAAUGUCUGAGCCUCUGAGCUUCAGUAAUGAAAAAAACAGUACUGACCAGAGCUGGAAGAGAUUCAGAGGAGAACCCCCAGAGCCCAGCUGUGUGUCUUUGAAGAGCAACAUCUCAAUGUCUGAGCCUCUUUACUUCAGUAAUGAAAAAAACAGUACUGACCAGAGAUUGCAGACAUACAGAGCAGAACCUCUGGAGCCCAGCUGUGUGUCUUUGAAGAGCAACAACUCAAUGUUUGAGCCUUUGAGCUUCAGUAAUAAAAAACCCAGUACUGACCUGAGCUGGAAAAGAUUCAGAGCAGAACCACCAGAGCCCAGCUGUGUGUCUUUGAAGAGUAACCACUCGAUGUUUGAGCCUCCGUAUUUCAGUAAUGACAGAACCAGUGCUGACCUGAGGUGA